GUAAUUCGAGAGGUCACCGAUAUUUAUCACCUUGAGCUCAUCAGCUCACUAAUAGGCCUGCGGCAGAUUAUAAACACGGGUGUAUUUGUGCAUUUUUAUUUGCAUGCCUAUAGAAACACGUGUCUUGCACGUGCACGUGUCAUUUGUCGGUUGUCACCUUGGUUGCCGUUGCCGGCCACCACGCGCGGAUCGCAUAGUUUGGGAUUCAUUCGUGCAUAUUUACCUAAAGAACUUAAGCCCUGAAGCCCCUGUAAAAGGGUCAGAAAUGAGCAAUCAUCUUUCAGCAUCAGGUUCUGCCUUGGUGUAGUCACUGGAACAACUUUGCACAACACUCAGAAUAUCACCUAGAAGUCUCAGCCGUGAGUCGCAGCUAUGACUGUGUGUGAUGUGUGUGGCGGGGACCAGUUCUCUGCUCAUGAUGGCUUCUACUUCUGUGAUGAAUGCCACACACAGUCACAGGAUAUCAGAGACCUGGCCACAGAUGAUGACUUCGUGCAAACAGGCAUGUCCUCUCGAAACUUUGUCAUCAGUGAUGCGACGCGGGCCAAGCGGCAGCGCCAGAAGGAGAGGAAGGCCAAGCAACGGGUAGCGCGGAUCAAGAUCACUCCAAAAGAGGUGCUCAACCUCCUGCUGCACCGUUGGUCGGCGGCGCUGGUGGCACGCGGUGCGCCGGCUCAGCUCACGGAGGCCACUGCGCAGCUUUGGGAGGUAGUGCUGCGCUCUGGCCGUGCCAACACUAGGAUGUUCCGCGGCGUCACCGCGGCGGUGAUGCUGCUGUGGCUGGCGCUGGUCGACUGCGAGCCGCUCUGUCGCCUCUCGGACGUGUUUCGUUGGUCACGCCAGGGCGUGCUGCCGGUACUCACCGCCAGGAACGAGAUGCCGGAGGAUGUGAGCACUGAUAGGUGCAAUACAUUCGUAGUUGGCAAGUUGAUGAAUAUGGCAAAAAUACGCGAGCAGUUAUCAUCGAUGGUGAAUAAGCUGGGCCUGCCUCCGCCGCCGCAGCCAUCGUUGCACCGACUGCUGCGGCGACUUCUGGACGAGCUGGUGCUACCGACACAGCUGGCCGAUGUUGUGACGAACGUGGCGCGCCUGGGUUCGCCGCCCGACACCUACAUGCCCGAAGCGUCUGCGCUGGCCAUGCUGCUCAUUACGCUGAAAAUGCUGCUGGGCUUGGAUGACGCGACCGAGGUGCGCAACUCAGAGGUAGCGAAGGCGCGCAACGACGCCAUCGUGGACGGACCGCGCUGGUUCGUCUUCACAGAGUGGCUGGCGUUCAUGCGCGAGCUGCGCGCAGAGGCAAGCGAACAGGACUAUGUGGAGCUGGACACGGCGGACCGCGAGCUGGAGACAAUGCCUGGGCUGGACUACUGCCGGCACCAUCACCGGCAACUGCUCUUCGACUAUGUUCGGCGCGAGGGCACCUUCCGCGCACUGGAGAAGGUCUCCACUUUCCAGAAUUACAACAGUGCCGAGUACCGGCUGCAGCUCAUGAAGCUGUUUGGCAGGGUGUUGACCCCGCAAAUGCCCCCGCCGCCGUCCGAGAGCGAUGAUCUGCUGCGGCCGGUCGCCUCGCGGCUCGAGCAUCAUGGAGGUGAACUGCUGCGCCGCGCCAACGAAUUUCGCCAGUCACGGGUGGAUUAUCUUCUCGACGAUUCGCACGUGCGUGCUCUCAAGGCCGAAGGCGUUGCCGUGGCGGUGACGCUCACAGCCGCCCGACAACGCAUUCCGUCCGAGGUUUCUAUCUUACGCCCCAGUCAAACAGAAGGCGUCAGGGCCUGGUCGCGUGACAUAGUGCUGGUGGAUGACCCCGAUGAAGCAGGUGACAUGCAACGGCGGAUCCGUGAACGCCAUCCAGCACCGUGGCGCCGGCCGCCGCUCGACGACCUGCGCCUGUUCCGGCCGUUCGACGAGAUCUGGCGACUGCCGCAGGCGUGGAUGGGAGUACCUCCUUAUCGGCCCGACUACAUGACGGAGGCGGGCGCGCUGCCGAUCAACUACCGCUGCCUGCUGGAGCUGCUGGCCGCCAGCAUCGACGUAGUGCCCUUCCACUUCCUACGGGACGUAGUUCGCGCCGAGGCAGCCGUGGUUGGCAUGGAAUUCCUCGUGUUCAAUGCGCGCGCGCGUCGUGAGGGUAUGGAUCCCAAGGUUCUGAGGUUUCGAGCGAAGCGUAACAAGGGCUACUACAAACACUGGAAGAGGAAGGUGGCUAAGAAGCGCACUUCUGAGGGAGCGGAGCCAGACUCCAAAGAAGCUGAGCCUGACUCAGAGGGGAUAGCGCCGACAUCAGAGUCGAGACCAGGUGACCCCAAACGCCCCAGAAAGAGGAAGAAAGGAACGAAGAAAAGCACCUCCAAGAGAGCAAAGCCAAACUCAGAGGGAGCUGGUCCGAGUUGCGAAGAACAAAGGCAGGGGUCCGAGGCAGUCGAGCUGGGCUCUGACACUGGUCAGGAUAGCGCCAGAUGCCCUUCAAAGAAAAAGAAGAAGAAGGAGGUGACCAAGAAAACCGCUUCCGACAGAGGAGGAUCGAGCUGUGAGAAAGGGGGGCCAAGCUCAGAAGAGGCGGUGCUAAGCUCUGAGGCAAGGCUUGGUAACGCCAGAUAUCCCAGUAGAAAAAGGGGGAAAAGCAGCUCUGAUGCAAGUGGCCUGAUUCAUGAGAGUGUAGGUUUGAGCUCUGAUAAAGCAAAGCCAAUCUUUGAGGGAGCGGGGCAAGGCUCUGAACCAAGAUCACCUGGCGCUAGACGCUCUAGGGAGAGUAAAAGGGUGGUUGGAAAAAUGGCCUCUGAAGAGCUAGAAGGAAGCUCGGAAGAAGCAGUACCGUAUUGGAAAGAACUAGUCCGGAGCUGCGAAGUAGUACUGAACCGCGAGGAAGCAGGUCUGUACUUAACGGAAGUGCGGCCGAGUCAUGGGGCCGUGGCAGAGGACGUCGGCUAUCCCAAAAAGAAGAAGAAAGCCACCUUGAAGAAGGCGAGGUCAAGACGUGAUGACGACAGCGUACAGCACACUGCGACGGCCAGUCCGGAGUCGUUCGAUGAUUGAAAACAUGUCGGGGUAACUGGUUGACAUUUUCCAGAAGCAUCCUGUCAGACGGUCGGGGCAGGUCAGGACGGCCUCUUCAUUGAAAUGUGAGGUCUGGCGGGUUGCCUGUGACCCGACAGGCGGAUUCAGGGCUGUGUUUUGUUAGUAUUGCUAUUUGUGACUGUUUGUUUGAAUCGAUAGUCUUGUCUCGGGAGUCUUUGUGGAAUUGGCGUUUUCGAUAUAAAAAGGCAGUACAUGUUUCGUCAAAAUUGUAUUAGAUGAUUUGACAAAGCAAUGUGAAAGCAAAGAGCUGCCAGGGUAUGCACAUACAAAAUGCAGCUGACGUAGCACGUGUGAAAAGCUUCAAGCGUUUGCGUCAGUAAGCCACAUAAUUUUCAUAUCAGUGCACAUCUCAGUUGGGCGAUAAUUUGAUCAGUUGUACAUUAUCGACCCUUUUCUGUUCCAGUGCCCUCACCUUAGUCAGAUCUGAUGUCGUUCAGCUCAGUGUCUAGAGCUUGUCUGUAUUUUGUUCUACCGGGCCUACGAAACAAUACAUUUGCUCAUCCUCA